CCCGCACAUUAAAUUGCAGCCUCUUUCCGCGAGCUCGCGCACAUAGCUGUGAUGAUCUCAAAAAAUUACAGGAAGGAAUGGAUAAAUGGCUUUCAUGCAAUACAAGUGAAUGCAAAAGAAAAAAUCAAGGGUAUAAGCCUAUUGCCAUUACAUACCAUGCUGCUUCACAUUUUGUAUGCUUCCACCGCCUGCAACAUGCAAGCUGGAUUUUUUAUGAUGGAUUCGGGGAAAUGAACAGCCCAGGCAAAGGCCAAAUAAUAGCUACACCUGAAGUUAUAGAGCAAGAAAUAACAUUGCCACAUUCAGUUGGCCACAUUGUUUUCAUUCGUCUUAAUGAAGCACCAUCUGUAAUUGUCAAGGAUAAUAAAUUGCUCUGUGAUACCAUAGCUGCCAAUAAGUGGCUUGACGAAAACAUGCAAAACCUUUUUGGUCAAGUCCAAAAGCCAAUGAUUCUCAGCAUGGAUGCAAAAGAAACAGAUGAUACUAUUUACAAACAUGAAGAAUAUGUAAACUCUAAAUAUGAAACUGGAGUUAAUCAUCUAGAGCCAUUUGUUUUCACAUUUUCAAACAGUGCUGAUAUGGAUAUGUUUUUAUCUGAGAAAAGAGACAAGCAAAAACUUCUUGUACAUGUUAGUUGUGAAUCACAACUUUAAAGGGGCAUGCAUCGCUUGACUUUUUUUAUAAUCAUCACUUUAAAAAAAAUAUAGAAAGUAAAAUAAAGCAAGAAAAAAUGUUAAAUUAUUUAAUAAAUGUUUAAAAAUGUUACAGUA